UACACAGAAAAAGAGGUAAGGUGACAACCUGCCCCAACUAAGACAAUUGAGACAUAACAAGUGUAUCUCACAGACACAAAGUAACUGACUAAAUCUGAAAAAACAACGUACAGAGGUCGUGGUAUGAAUUCAGUUAUCAAAUUGAUUCUGUAUACUGUAUCCAACACGACACCAACUCCUCACAAGUUCUUCAAACCAAACCAACAGCUGUGAAUAACUCUGUCUCACUCUCACUCUCUGAGUCUUAUGUGUCCCUCUCUCACACUUUUCCAUUUCACUCUCACCUUUCCCAUGAUCCCAAUUCUCCACCCCAACACUGAAUUCUGCAAUUUCUCAUCUGGGCACCGUUAAAUUUCCAAUCUUGCCACCGUUAUCUCAUCUGGGUCAUUCCAUUUCGCCACCAUGGCGCACGCCAAGACCGAUUCCGACGUCACCAGCAUGGACACGUCAUCGUCGCCAAAACGCGCCGUUUACUACGUGCAGAGUCCCUCGCGCGACUCUCACGACGGCGACAAGUCAUCGACGGCGACGCACGCCACGCCGGCGUGCAACAGCCCCGUGGACUCGCCGUCGCACCACUCCUACGUCCACCACUCUAGGGCUUCCUCUUCGAGCAGGGUCUCCGCCGGCUCCUACAACAAUAUCGCCUCUUACUGGGGGAGGAAUAAUAAAGGGACCCGCAAAAACAAAUUAGGGUCAUGGACUCAUGAUCAGUGCAAGGUCAUUCAGGAAGAGGAAGGGUAUUAUGGGGAAAGAGAAGGCUUUUCUAGGAGGAAGACUCAGAUCUUCGUUGGGAUCCUAGCCUUUGCCUUCAUUUUCACCCUCUUUUGUUUCAUCAUUGCUGGGGUUGCCAGGCCACACAAAGUUCGGAUCAGUGUUAAGAGUUUCACAGUACACAACUUCUUAUUCGGAGAAGGGUUGGAUUUGACAGGAGUUCCAACCAAGAUGCUGACAGUAAAUUGUUCAGUAAGAAUGACAGUGCAUAACCCUGCAACCUUCUUCGGAAUUCAUGUCAGCUCUAAAGCAGUGAAUCUUAUGUAUUCUGAGAUGACAGUUGCAACUGGUGAGCUGAAGAAGCAUUAUCUACCAAGAAAGAGUACCCGGAUAGUGUCGUUGAACCUGCAAGGAAGCAAGGUUUCUCUAUAUGGUGCUGGUGCAAGCUUAAUUGGCUUGGUGGACAAUGGAAAAAUACCAAUGACUCUUGUCUUUGAUGUUAGAUCGCGAGGGAAUAUUGUUGGGAAGUUGGUGAUGUCCAAACAUCGGAGGCGUGUCUCUUGCUCAGUGGCUAUUGAUUCCCACAACAUCAAACCCAUCAAACUUAAGGAGAAUGCAUGCACAUACAACUGAGAUUUUGGUCUAGCAGCAACCAGUUUCUUGUGUGUGCCUUUUCAAUUCAUUCUGUGUUGGCUUUUAGGUUUCUUGUGAGACAGGUAAAAGGUUCAAAGAAAUACUAUCAUAGAGUUAAUAUUGUAGAGGUUUUACAAGUACAAUUUUUGGGGACAUGAGAAAUGAAAAUUAGUAACAAUAAUGGAAUGGUAUAAUUC